CAACCAAACCCACUGGAGGUCAGAGUCUAUAAUGCAGUGGUUCUGCUGGCAUGCGGCGGCAAGGAUGAGCCUGGGAUUUCUGUGUCUCUUUCUAGUUUUCAGCACAGCUUCGUGCAUUAGAAGAGAAAACAAGAAAGAGAAGCAAGUGACAGUGCUGGCUACUGCAGAGCUACCCGCAAAGUCUGUGGAUCUGGCUGCUAUUAACCUGACAGAGCUGGUGAAUGGUAUGGUGAACACAGCACUCAGAGGUACCAAAAAGCUCUUCUCUCUGCUGAGUAUCACAUCUUACAGCUCGCUUGCCUUCCACAAACUGUCAGUCACCAUUUAUAACAUUUCUAACAUGAAAAAUGUUGAACCUGGCACAUUCCCUAUGCAUUACUGCUACUGUUUGAACAAUGUGACAAAUGACUUGACAGAUUUUACAGCAUUACUUGUUGAUAUUAUUGGAAACACCACCAGUUAUCUCACAGAAAUUUUCAAAUCCACUUCUAUUCUCUCAGUGAGUCAGAACAAUGAUUCAGAUUGUAUCUACAUCUGUGUGAUGGCAGGGCAGACAGGGAGAAAUCUGUCUGACUUUUGGGAAAUACUGGAGAAAUCUCCUGUUAUUAAUUAUACAUUUUCCAGCAACACAUCUUCUGACCUGGUGGAUGGUAAGCACACUGACCCUGUCCUUUCACAUCCCAAAGAUCUAGACUCCAUGUUUUCAAGUUUCAUGAAAUUACAGGAAGACCGAAAUAAAACGAUGGAUCCACCAGCAGAACAUGCGUGGACGAUUAAAACUACCAGGAUCCCUCUUGCCCUGAAAGGAAAGGAAAUCCCCAUCACGAGGUUCCCACCAUGGCCAAAGACAGUAGGAGCGAAAGGACUGGGUUUUCCAUCAAUGCAUGUGGAUGCUUCCAGACCUCGAGGCACAGCCGGUCCCCCUCCAAUGACUGGAGGCAGCUUGGCACCAUCUCCAGCCCUGCACCCCAGCCCCACUGACAUGUAUGCAUUUUGGAUGCAGGCGGUGUCUCCUCAAGAAACCAGUAAAAUGAUCCCAACAGAGCCGGAUUUGCCUUCCUCAGCACUGCCUGUACCACCCCACAGGCCUGGCAUGACAUUGAAACUUUACUCAGCUACCAGAUGUCCACAGGCAAUCCUCAAAGAGUCCCAUGUGACCUCGCCUCCUGUCACCCUUAUUGUUCAAAAGAUCAAUCCCUGUGUUAUGGAGCUGUGUAAGUUUUUUCAGCUGUGCCUCUGCGUUGGUCAGAGAAGAUAUUCCAGAAAGGAAGCCAUGAGGUACUGUGUUGAAUACUAUUCCUGGUUCUUGAAAAAUGCAAGUUAUGUCUGUGAAAGAGUUAAAAGAGUUGCUUACUCCCCAAGUAAGUAUUCUCUUUUCUUUAUAUAGAAUCAUAAAAUCACAGAACAAUUUGGGUUGGACGGGACUUUAAAUAUAAUCUAAUAUAAUGGCAACCCCUGCCAUCAGGUUGCUCAAAGCCUCAUUGAGUCUGGCCUUGAACAUCUCCACGGAUGGGGCAUCCAUACAUAUCUCUCUAUACAUAUCUAUUUCAGCAUACCUUAUUGUGAAA